AUGUCCCAAGCUAACGACGAUUGGGAGGUGCCCACCUCGGGGAAUAUGCGUGCACUUUCAGAUUUUGGAGAACUUUCGGAUGAGGAGCUUGUGGAGUUAGCUGAAAGGGAGACUGAUAGUGGUUUGAGAAUGUAUUAUUUACGUAUGCUGCUCCGAUCUCGAGGCCUUGACGGUAUAUUAAACGAACGACUUGAACAACUGACCGCGGAAGGAGAGCAAGGUGAAGAUGAUAAUGAAUUCGAAGUGAGUUUCGGUAUUUUGCCCCGUACCGCCGUUAACCAACAGAUGAUCGACUCGAGUGUGGAAUGCCCUAUUUGUCUUUGCCCCCCGGAACUUGGUGCAUGUGUCUCUACUCUUCAGUGUGGACACCUGUUUGAUACUACUUGCAUUGUUCGAUGGCUAACACAGCAUGAUACCUGCCCCCUUUGCCGACAGAGCGCAUUACUCAUGACGACAAUCCAAUUUAAUAGGGGACUUGGCGAAGGUAAUGAAUUCCCAAGCGAUGGACACGUGCAAGAGCGACAUGUUCGCUGGGCAUAG